AUGGCGUGCAGUGAAGUUUCCUGUUUCUUUAUUCUGCACCUUCUUCACAUAGGUGCAGCAGCUGUGGUCCAAACCCAGCUGAACGUCUUAGCAGCAGAGGGUGAAGAUGCUCCUCUCAGCUGUCAGCUCCUGGAAACUAAAGAUGUCCAGCAGGUCACCUGGCAGAAGGUCUUUGGAAGGAAAGAGAGGAAUAUCUGCUCCUACAGCGAGUAUUUUGGUCAAACAGUGAAUCCUGAAUUUAAAAAUAAAGUUCAGUUUACAGAAGCAGGACUGAAGAAUUCCGCCAUAGUUAUCAGGAAGGUUACAGAGCAGGAUGAAGGAUGUUAUCUCUGUUUGUUCAACAUCUACCCUGAUGGAGCUCUGAUAGGGAGAACCUGCCUGAAUGUUUAUGAGCUGCAUGAACCCAUCCUUAAUGUCAGCAGAUCGAAUGUUUCUGCAGAGUCAGUUGUGUCCUGUUCAGCCACAGGUCGACCUGCUCCCACUGUAACACUGACUGUUCUACAGCAGAACCUCAGCUUCUCCCACUACAACAGCAGCAGUGUGACCCACAGCAACGGUACAGUCACCGUCACCACCACAGCUCUGCUGUCAGCUUCCUGCAGCACACAGGUUGGAUGUUCAGUGUCAGUGCUCUCUGCUGCUCCCAGAGAGAAGCUGAUCACCGUUCCUGGAGUUAAAGGAACAUCUGAUGAUGGUCAAAGUGCAUCGUCUUAUAGUAAAACUCUAAUCAUCAUCAUCAUCAUACCUCUAAUAGCUGUGGAUGCAAACAUCUACAACAAGGACGAAGAAUCAGGUCAGACUGCGAAGCGCUGCCAAAGCAAGCAAAAGGAAACGUCCAGAAUCCUCACCUUCAGAGGCUGA